AUGCUAUUCGGGACACAAGAUAUUAUUGUCGAGCACCAGCGCGGCGCGAUGGUGCUCGGGUACCCGGUGUUCUCGCCGAACCUGCUGAUUCGUGGGAUAGACCCGCCGCAGUUCCAGCUGGUGGGGGAGGACGGGCACACGGUGGAAAAGGGCGAGAUUAAGGCCGGCGGUGGGAUGUAUCCGUUUGACCUCGGUACGCCGCUUAAGGGUUUCAAGUGGUUUGUGUCCAUGGACCACGGCAACCGGUACGACACGGACGACCAGGGCUGGUGCUACAGCUGGCGGUUCCGCAGCCGGCGGUGGAAGGCGCAUGGGGGUUUUGUGCGCAAGCGGUUCUGGGUGCGGCUUCCGAUCAACGGCCGGGAGAUGACGCCUGCGGAGCCGGAGGUCUGCGCGGGCAGCGUGCGACCGGGGGAGCACGCGUCCAGCGGCGCGGACGAGCCCGCGUACUCGGUUGCGGGCCCUGUUGUGGCGGCACAAACCCGGAGCGAGGAGCUGUUUGAGGCGCUGCUCGAGGAGCUCCACAAACCCAGCCUGGACCGUCAGAAGGCGGACCUCGCACUACGUUAUAUAGCAGAGUUGCCCGAGGAGGAGAGGCGGCGGGCUGCGAGCCCGGGCUCUGAGCUCAUGGAACGGGUUCCCUGUGCGUUUCAGUUCGAGGAAAGCAGGCUUAAAUUUCUCCAGGUCCAGGUCCCGGCGCUGCUGGACAGCGUUUCAGGUCGAAACACAAUCCUGACCUGA